AACAGCCCGUUUUAUGAGUCAAAGACUUGUUCUGCUCCCGCUGCUAUGGUCUUGGUCCGAGCAUGCCGUUUGAGAAGCCCUUAUUGGUAGAAGCAAGGAAGUAUUUGUGUUUUGUCGUCUUUGCCAGCUCGUGAAUCGUGAGAGGAAACGUAACAAAGUACACUGCAAGUGCAAAUGCGUGUAUUGCCUCAAUAGCAGGUGGCGCUCGGCUUGAUCUGUAUAUAUAGAGAGAGCUAGCUCUUGGUUGCAGUGUUGAAGCUCAAGGUCUUCCGAAACCAUCAUACAAUAUCAUCUAUUCGAAAUAUACUCCUCUCUUCAAAGCAAUCUCCAAACAACCCACCAUGUCUCUGUACGAGAUAAGUCCAGAUACAAGCAUCAAUGUCGUUGCGUCUGGCAAGAAAGUCUCAACUCGACCAACACUCAUCUUUCUCCAUUUCUGGGGCGGUUCAUCACGCACAUUCACCAACACAAUCACCUAUCUUUCUCCACACUUUCACUGCAUAGCGGUCGACUUUCCCGGCUGGGGAUCUUCUAUCGGACCACAGAAGUCGGAGGCAUACUCAAUAGCCCAACUCGCCAUAGACAUUGAAACCCUGAUUCCCAAACUCGAUGUCGAAGAUUUUGUUCUCGUCGGCCAUAGUAUGGGCGGAAAAGUCUCGCAGCACAUCGCUGGACGGAAUCAACUUUCGGGAUUGAAAGCAGUCGUGUUACUUGGACCAGCUCCGCCAACACCAUUUAGUCUACCGCCAGACAUGAAGCAGCAGCAAAUCAGUGCGUACUCUAGCCAUGAGUCGGCGGAAUUUGUGGUGAGGAACGUGCUUUCAUCCGCCCAGAUCUCAGACGAGAUGGUUUCGGCUUUGGUAGAGGACAUGUUGAAGGGAACUGAACUUGCUACUAAAGCAUGGCCUGCGUACGCAAUGGCUGAAGACAUUGCGACGGUGGCUAGGAAGAUUACUGUGCCGGUUCUGGUCAUCGGUGGGGAGCUAGACAAAGUUGAACCGAUUCAAAGACUGGAGGAGAAAGUUCUAGCAAACAUCAAUGGUGCUGAAAUGGUUCUGAUUAAGGGGUCGGGUCACUUGCUACCAGUAGAAGCACCUGAGCAGGUUGCUAGUCACAUUGAGGCUUUUGUGCAGAAGGUCACAGGUUGAAGUAACAAUGCUUGAUGUCAUGUAUUUACUCCACAUUGAUUCAACUUUGAGUAUAAGUCAAG